AUGUCUAAAGAAUAAGAAUUACAAACUAAAAUUAAAAGUUUAGAAGAUGAUAUACAAAAUAGACAUAGACAAAUAGUAGCACUUACAGAUAAAGUGGAAGAAUUACAAAGAUCAAUCUAAAAUAAUUCAGAAGUAUAUAUAAAAUCAAUAUUGUUUAGGUAGUUGAACUUGGUGAAAAAGUGAGAAUGCUUGAAUCUUAAAAUCUUAAACUAAUAGAAAAGAAUCAAAGUGAUGUUGUGGAAUGGAGAUCUAAAGAAAGAGAUUUUAAUGUAAAUCUAAUUUAUAAUCUAGAAUCAAAUUCAAACACUCCAACGUAAAUUGAAUGAAGUUGAAGUAUAAUUGAGUGAAGCAAAAGAUCUCAAUUAAUAAUUAAUAGCUAAAUCUGGAGAAAACACUAAUUCUGAAUCUCAGUUACAAUAAAUCACCAAUCAUUAUGAACAUCUUCUUAAUGAAAAAGAUGUUUAACUCAAAGAAAGAGAAACCAAGAUAUCUCAUCAUGAAUAAAUUAUUCCACAAUUAUAGAAAGAUUUAAAUGAAAAAGAUUAAUAAAUCUAAUCAUUGAAUGAAUAAUUAGAGAGACAAUCAUAAUAAUUGACUCUGAUUACUCAAUAGAAUGUCAAUAUUAAUACUCUUACUGAUGAACUCAAUAAUUUAAAAUUACUUAAAGAUAAUUUACUAAAUGAUAAUUAAACACUCAAUUCUUAAUUAUAACAACUUAAUACGACUAAUGGUGACUUAUUAAAUAAACUUAAACUUGCAGAAGAUUCAAAUACAACUUAUUAAAAGCAGAUCUUAGAACUUUAAAAUUAAUUGAAGGAUACUUAAAAAGAAUAUAAAGAAGAAAUGACAAAAAUUAUGUAAAUCCUUGAAAAAACAAAAGAAAAGGUAUUUAUUUUAAUUAAUUUAGUCUACUAAUGAAUAAGAACUCUUUAAGAACAGAUUACUUGAAAAGGAUGAUAUAUUGAAUGAAGCCAAAAAAUAAUUUGAAUAAACUACUAAAUAAUUUGAAAAGUAUUUACUAAUUGUAUUUAUAUUAAAGGGAAAAUGCUACUCUAGAUACUCAAUUAUCAUAAGCAAACAAGACUCUAAAAGAAUAGACAAAGAAAAUAUCAGAUCUUGAACUCAAAAUCAAAGAAUUAGAAUCCAAAUUACAAGAAAGCAAUAGACAAUAUAUUAAAUCACUUGAACAUUCUAAAUAAUUAGAUAUUGAAGUAUAAAUAUACUCAAUUUAUAUAGCUCAAAAAAUCUAUUUAAAUUUCAUAAAAACAUUAAGAAUAAAUUAUAUUCAAAGAUGAAGAAUUAUAAAAAUCAAAACAACUUUAAUUAAGAAUUCUUUAAGAUAAUUCUGAUUUAAAAUCUAAAUUAGAAUCUUUAUUAUAAAUGAAUUCUAAAACAAAAUCUAAUGAAUUAUAAAAUCUUAAAAAUCAAAUCCUUGAAAAAGAUUAAGAAAUUGAAUUACUUAAAUAGUAAUAGAGAUCUUUAGCAACUUAAUUAAAGACUAGUUAAGGUUAUACAAAUAGAUUUAAAUAAAGAAAUAAACAAUUAGAAAUGGAAAAUACUGAACUCUUGAAAUCUAAGAAUAAUCUAGAAACUUUAUUCUAAGAAAUCCUUGAUUAAACUAAAUAAAAAUCAAAUGUCAAGAAUUUAUCUGCAUUAUCAAAUAAUCCUACUAAAUAUUAAAUGAGUUUAUUAUCAUAAAGAAAGAAUUAUAUGCAAGAAAAUACAUCUACACAUUCAUAAGAAAAUAGAUCAUCUAGUCAAAAAUCUAAUAAUACAACUCCUAAUAAAGUUGGUAAAACAGGAGAUGUGUCUUUUAAAAGAGCCAUUUUAGUUAGUGGAUAGAAAAAAACUGCUCAUUAAGGAUCAUAAGAUAAUGUUAAUACAAAAUAGUCUAAUAAAUAACUCAAUGAAAUUUAAGAACUUGAUGAAAGCCAAUAAUAAUAGAAUAAACCUCAAUCAUCUUAAGACAAUUAAGAUUAAUAAAUGGUGCAAGAAUAAUAAUUAAAUUCAUAAGUACAUAAGGAAGAAUAAAUACUUGAUGAAUAAGAAAAUAAUGAAGAGGUUGGAGAUUUUAUUGAUGAUGAUAAUGAUCUUAAUUGA